CGCAAAAGACAUGUCAAUUCUGCUGUAUACCUACAUGUUAACGUAGACUCAAUCAUCAGGGCCUUGGGGCAGAAGGUGAUCAGCUUCUGUCACGUCCAAAUCUCCCCAGCGGGAAAUAUUUCUGAAUCCCGACUUGCGGAGACCGACGGGGAUCGCGGAGUCACUAAGCAACCACCUUCGUCGAUUCAGAAACGAGUCUCUUUCUCUUUUUUUUUCCACAAGAAUCAACAUUCCACAUCAGGAUUACCUGUGUUCCAUCAUGACAGCUCAAAUGCCCCUCCGCGAUGUUCUGGACGCAAUCGGCAACACUCCCAUCGUCGAGCUUACCAAGGUCGUUCCUGCAAACAGUGCUCGCGUCCUCGUCAAACUCGAAUCCCUAAACCCAACAGGCAGCUACAAAGACCGCAUGGCUAGAUCGGUCAUCGAAGAAGCUGAAAAACGUGGCACACUCAAACCAGGAAUGACAGUCGUGGAAGCUACAGGAGGCAGCACAGGCUCAGCUCUCGCUUUCAUCUGCGCGGUCAAAGGAUACAAUUUCACCGUCGUAUCUUCCGACGCUUAUGCGGAAGAGAAGUUGAAGACUAUGGCUGCAUUUGGGGCAGAUGUUGUGAUUGUCCACAGUCCUAGCGGUAAAGUCACUAAAGAUUUGAUCCCAGCUAUGCAGGCAAAAGCGGCAGAAAUUUCAAAGCGAGAGGGUUAUUGGAAUGCGGACCAAUUUUCCAACCCGGAUGUCUUGAUCGGCUAUCAGGGCAUGGGGAAAGAGUUAUUGGCACAGGUUCCAGAAGGUAUAGAUGCUUUCUGUGGUGCAGUGGGUGGAGCGGGAAUGACUAUGGGUGUUGCGACGGUUUUGAAAGGGAAAGGACGCCAGUGCCAUGUCACGUUGUUGGAACCUGCUUCUUCGCCUGCCAUAACCAAGGGAUAUGGAGGCCAACAUUCUGUGGAAGGUGUGGGGAUAGGCUUCUUGCCUAAGGUGUUGGAUAAAGCUUUGUACGAUGACGCGAUGGCUAUCGAGGAAGAUGAGGCGAGGGUCAUGUGCAGGAGAUUGGCAAGAGAAGAGGGUAUUUUGGCUGGUACUUCGACGGGACUUAAUGUUGUGGCUGCGCUGCAGAUCGCGCAGAGACUCGGGCCAGGGAAGGUUGUGGUGACGGUAGCAUGCGAUACUGGUCUCAAAUACGUGCGAGGACCCUUGUACGAUACUGACAACUAAGAUAUCAUUUUUAAGCUGUCCUUGCUGGAUAUGACCCUGCUUCUCAGGAAGGCUCCUUAUCUUGAUGAAGCUCUUCACGGUCAAGCAAGCAUAUUGACGUGGUCUUGCUCUAGACGGACCCGGGUAUCUACAUCGGAGACUGGAAGCAUGCACGACAACAAGCCCCUCUGCCUCUCACACAGCCAACGAAACGACCACAAGUACACCAGCAAAUGCAGCAACCACAGUCCGCAGAGAGGGAAGGUAUAAAGUAGCAGCACCAUAUUCUGCGAA